AUCUCUAUUCAGGAUGCAUCCCUAUUCAACAGCCUCAACUCAUCUCAUCUGCUCAGAAACAAGCUCUUGACCGCAUCAACAGAACCAUGUCUCGCUAUACUGCCGCCCACGCAAACCCCCACGGUCCUGGUGACUCGCGACCCACGGCUCUGCAAAUAGUCCAAGAUAGCAACAUGGAAGGCAAGCUGGUGGGCAAAGUCGCCGUCGUGACAGGCGUGUCCUCCGGAAUCGGAGUCGAGACCGUUCGUGCUCUCGCAGCCACGGGAGCAACCCUCUACCUGACGGCCAGGAACCUGGACAAAGCACGCGCAGCUCUGAGCGACAUCUUCCAGCCAGGAACCAUGGAACUGGUGCAAAUGGACCAGUCCUCCCUGGCUAGCGUGCGACAGGCCGCAGCAGCCAUCCUCGCCAAGACCAAGCAAGUGAAUCUCCUCAUCGGCAACGCUGGAGUCAUGGCCCUGCCAGACCUCCAGCUCACUGAGGAUGGGUACGAGGUGCAAUUCACGACAAACCAUCUCGCCCACUUCCUGCUCUUCCAGCUGCUCAAGCCUGCCCUGCUCGCUGGGAGCAGUCCCGCGUUUCAGUCCCGGGUGGUCAUGGUGGCGUCGUCGGGACAUAGGGUUCACGGCAUCAACGAGUCAGACAACUAUCAUUUCCAGAAGGGCGGGUAUAAUGCCCAUGUUGCGUACGGUCAGUCCAAGACAGCCAAUAUCUAUAUGGCCAAUGAGAUUGAGCGUCGGUAUGGGUCUCGCGGCUUGCAUGCGACGAGUCUCCACCCCGGCGUGAUUGCUACGUCGCUGGGGAGACACAUGACUGAAGAACAGAUCCAAGGGUUGUUGCAUGAUGAGACGGUGAAAAAGGUCUUGAAGAGCCCGGCGCAGGGAGCGGCGACUACCAUGUGGGCUGCGGUGGGCCGUGAGUGGGAGGGCAAGGGUGGAAAAUAUCUUGCUGACUGUGCCGAGGCAGUGCAUGCUGAGCAUGAUGGACAUGUUGGAAGAACGUGUGUGAGCUAUACGUACAGCCCUGUGGAGGAGGGCCGACUUUGGAGGGAUUCGCUAGAAAUGGUAGUCGUCAUCCUCGAGGAACUGAAGAUUCCAUACACCAUCAAAUCAUUCAAAUUCGAUGACGUCAAGAAAGCCCCGUUUAUCGAUGUUAAUCCUAAUGGUCGUGUACCAGCAAUUCAAGACCCCAACACAAACCUCACCCUCUGGGAAUCUGGCGCUAUAAUCCAAUACCUCAUUGACGUCUACGACACAACACAUCAAUUGAGCUUUGAGACGCUAGCCGAGAAACAUCUCCUGAAUCAAUACCUUCAGUUUCAGAUGAGUGGGCAGGGCCCGUAUUAUGGACAAUGUGGAUGGUUCAACAUCCUCUCCCCCGAACGAAUCCCCACCGCCACAACGCGCUACCAAAACGAAGUCCACCGCGUCCUCAGUGUCCUCAACACCAUCCUCACCAACAAAACCUGGCUGGUCGGGGAGAAAUGCACAUAUGCGGACCUCGCCUUCCUGCCGUGGAACUGUCAAUUGGAUAUGUUAAUCCCCCGGGACGACGGGGGGGAGAUUCUGGAGGCGUAUCCGUGGGUAAAGGCGUGGCAGACCCGGAUGGAGGAUCGGGAGUCGUGGAGGAGAGCUAUGGUGGUGAGGGAGAGGUUGAUGGAUGAGCAGGGGUUGCAGGUGAAUGGUAUGCCGAAGGGGGUGAGGAAUAUUAGGGAGUAUGAGGAGUUGAUUGCGAGGUUACAGAAGGAGAAUGAGGAGGGGCAGGAGGGGGAGGAGAGGGUGGAUGAAGAUCAGGGUGUGUUGGGGUGUGUUGGGGUUGGGGGUUUGGGGAAUAAGGCGAAGGAAGAGGUGGUGGUGGGUGAGAAACAAGCGGAGGAUGGGAGGUGGGAUGAGGAGGAGGGUGUGCCGGGGUGUGCUUCUAUUGGCAACGUUCAUUGA